AUGAAGGUAUUGCAGGUAGAAGUUUUUUCUGAAGAGAAGAUUAAACCAUCUUUCCCAACACCCUCUCACCUCAGAACCUUCAAGCUUUCCCUUCUUGAUCAGCUCAUACCAGCUCCCUAUGCUCCCAUUAUUCUCUUUUAUGAUCCCAUUACUACCAUUGCCACCACCAAAAGACUAGAUGUGCUGAAGGCAUCUUUAUCUGAGGCCUUGACUGAGUUCUACCCCCUUGCCGGGAAGCUCAAAGAUGAUGAGCUAUCUGUCGAGUGCAACGAUGAAGGAGCUGCCUUCAUCGAAGCCAGAGUUAAGUCCUUUUCCCUUCACGAGUUUCUCAGCCGUCCUGAACUUUUUGAUUCGUUGCUGAACCAAUUCCUCCCUGGAAAUAUUACUCAUACGAGUAGUAGCAAUUUUAUUACAAACAUCCAAGCAAAUGUGUUCAAGUGCGGUGGCAUUGCCAUUGGCCUAUGCAUCUCACACAAGCUCCUUGAUGGUGCUGCCUUGUGCACUUUCCUCAAGUCAUGGACUGCUAUUGGUCGUCGACUAGUAUCAGGAUCAUCGGAGAAAGCAGCACCACCGCGUAUAUCCCCCAACUUAUUUGCUGCGGCUUCUUUGUUCCCCACAAAUGGCGAUCUGUGGCUUAGAGAUUCCUCUCUUCACAUGUGGGGCUCCUUGUUCAUAAAAGGCAAGGAGUCUAGUGUCACAAAAAGAUUUGUGUUUGAUGCCAUGGCUAUAGCCACCCUCAAGCUCAACGCUCGAAUGGUUCGAAAGAAACCACCCACGCGCGUUGAGGUGGUUUCGGCUUUCUUGUGGCAGUGCUGCAUGGCUGUCUCUAAAGAGAAACAUGGCGUCCAAAGGCCUUCACUGCUGACACAUAUUGUGAACCUCCGCUCAAAACUACGGACUGCAAUGGAUGAUUCCAAUUCCAAUCUUGAGCACUCUACCGGAAACCUCCUUUGGAUGGCAGUCGCACGAUCUUAUAUCGGAGAUGUCGAUGAUGAUGAGGAGGAGGAGGAGCAGCAGCAGAACUUGGUCUUGCCAGGCUUGGUGAGUGAGUUGAGUAAUGCAUUGUCGAAGAUUGAUGCUGAUUUUGCCAAAGAAAUCCGAGGGAAGCAAGGGAAGUCUCUAAUGAUUGAUUCUCUGGAGGGAAUCAUGAACAGUGAUGGGUUGGAUUUAGAUUAUUAUGGGUUUAGCAGUUGGUGCAAGUUUGGGUGGUACGAAUCUGCUGAUUUUGGGUGGGGGAAGCCUGCAUGGGUGAGCAGCAUUGGUUCCAAUAGUGCUCCUCACUUCAUGAAUCUGAUCAUUUUGGUGGACACAAAGUCCGGUGACGGAAUUGAAGCAUGGGUCACCUUGGAUCAGCGUCAGAUGGCUCUACUGGAAGGCAACUCCAACCUUCAGAAAUUGGUUUCAGUGGAUCCUAGUCCUUUGAUCUUAAAUUAA